AUGGAACGUGAAAUAGCAAUCGCGCGAGUAAAUGCCAUUUUAACGGAACUAAUAACGCAAGUCAAAAAAAUUAGCGAUGCGUCAAAGAGACAGCAGGUGUCUUCUGACAAUGAAGAGCAGUGCAGCGGAUCGGAAAAUCUAAUAAAGAUGUUGGAUGUUCUUGGGCGCAUUAUUGAAAUGCGAAUGCGGACGUCACCGAGAGAAGAACGUGAGCGCGCAUCUACUUUGGCGAGCGCACUUGUUAAUGGAGAAAAAGCUCGAGUGGAAGCUGAGAAUUUAGAGAGUACAAUUGAAACGGAGAAACUUUUGCAUCAACAUUUCACAAAUGACGUAAAAGAACAAAUCGCUGAGGAAAAAAUCCUCUUGGAAGGGAUUAAGGCCAGACAAAAAAGGGAAAUUGAUGAAAGAAAGAAAAAAACUGCGGCAAUUAUUGAAGAAAUUUUGGAAAAAAAAUCUGUAGAAGAGAAAAAAUUGCUGAGAGAAAUAAAUUUUAAAUCUACGGAGUAUGAAGCGAUUUAUGCAAUCAAUCAAAAUAAUGAAGAAAAUUUAUAUAAUAUGAGGAGAAAAGCAGAACAAGACUAUUUGGAAAUACUUUCUAAGUACGAUAAAGAUGUUGGAAUGCUUUACCGGACUAUGGAGUCUCUAAUAGAGGAAUCAAAUAUAUUGGAAAUUAAAUUGAAAAUUCUUGAGGACAAAGUAUCGAUCCAAAAGAGAGAAUACGAGGAACUAAAAAACGAACGUGAGAUGGCAAUCGCAGAAGCAUUUGCUGAAACUCUAAAUAAUUUCAAGAGAAAUCGUGCGGCUAGAAUAAUACAGCGCGGCUGGCGCGGAUAUUUGGAGCGUCAGUUACUAAAAAAGAAGAAAAAAUCUAAAAAGAAAAAAUAA